CGAACCAGCCGUGCAACUGUGUCGAGUCCUGACCCGCUGCGACGGUCGCGACUUUCUCUGCACCUGCGGCGGACGCCUCUGAUGGACUGCGGGAGCACCGAUACCGCGACGGGCAUCGACCCCAAGAUCCUCGAUAGAUGGCAAUCGGACGACAGUAGCUUUUCGGUUCUAUCCUGGCAAAAGCACGAUUUGGAACAUCCACCCGACCUGGAAGCCUGUCACGACUCCAACGAGGGUGACGCUGAAUUUGUCGACCUAGCCGGUGCACAAGGCCCGCCGAGUCGCGAUAGUUUCGAGGGCCCUCUGCUCGACUCCGCGGGGGGCGACGUUCACACUAUUGACUUUAGCACCACCGGCGGACUGCACGACAGAGUCAGCUUCCUUGGGGGCACGUUCAGUCCCAGAACCCACCCAUCCUCCGGCGACGAAUCCUCUCAACCCGACAAUGCAUGGCCUCAAUUCCCGUUUUCGCAUCCCAUGGCUUUUGGGAUGCCAUUGGAUGCCCCUGUUCUCUAUCCCUAUGCGAAAGACACUGCUGGCACCACCGGCACUAUUAUCGUCGAUGAUGGUGGGGAGCUAGGCUCUCGAGGAGGAUUUUCGGAUCUUCAGUCUCAUCAGAUGGCAUCAUUUCAACAAUUGUCUCAGCCUGUUCAGUACGGGAGCGAGGCAUGGCAAGGUUCACUCAACAAUACCACAUCAUUCGUUCCCUCGCAGUUCCCGAUUUCACCUCCGUUGGAACCACAGUCCGAGAACAAGGAUGUUGAGAUGCCAGUGUCUAGCGCAGCUGUUGAUCAGCAAUGGUUCACAGGGCUUGAAAUGCCCGUGGCCCCAAGUCUGACAACCUCGUUCCCCCCGGUCUCUAAGGGCCCCGGAGCCUACGACGAAUCCCAGCAAGUGAAAUCAGAGCCUCAGAAUGAGACGCAAAGUCCAUCAUUACCAGAAGAUGUCUCUGGUGUGCUCCAGAGUUCGUAUUCGGUUACCAACGACAGCAUUGGCGCUUUUGCGGACCAUCAAGUGAAGGAAGAAAACUCACAGGCUUUGGAGUGGAAAGACUCCUCUCCGGAUGACGCUUCAUCGGAGACGUCACCGGUCUUUCCCAAGAUAAGCGCCUUCAUGGUUAGUCAGGGCUCGUCCGAUAUACCGCAGACGAGUUUCCCGUCAAAUCCAGGAAGUGUGACUACUACGGCCGUUUCUCAUGGGGGAGCACGUCAUAUUCCGCUGGCGCUCCAGCCGGCUUCGGCUGCCCGGAAGAGAAAGCAGAGAGAAUCUGUGAUGAAUGUUGAGCAGAUCAAUCAACCAAAGCCACUCCAGAUCGUCCAGGAGGAUGGACUUGGAGGGUCGAUCUCCUCAGAAGACUUUGUAUCUCCACCUCGUGGAGCGCGCCGCAAGGGGCCUCUAUCCACGAUCGGAAGAGCAAAUGCAGGUCUGAGGAGGAAGAAUAAGGACACCUGUGUGCAGUGUCGUCUGAACAAACGGAAGUGUGAUGGAAAUACCCCCUGCGAUCCCUGCCGUCCGACACUACAUGAGCAACCAUGUGCACGGGCAUGUUUUGCCAGUAUUGUCGAGUACGGCACGUGCAAUUAUAUCUCUCAACGAGCCAUUAACCAUGCGACACUGAAUGGAUCUGGCAGAGUCAGAAUGGAGAUUCCCUCUGCUUUUAAUUUGAACGAUCUGCUUACGUACCUUAACGAACGGCGCGGGCGGUUCAACAUCCGUGCGAGCCAGGCGUGGGGAUCUCUUUACGUCCUUGACCUAGCAGAGAGUUAUAAGUUCCUGAAGAAUCUCAGUGAAUGCAAUGACAAUCUGCAGUCUACUUUUCUGGAUUUCAUUGACCACCGGAUCAUCGAGUCGAAAGACAAAUCGAAGCAUUGGCUUAGUUGCGUGAAAGAUUGCGAUCCUAUGAACAAUGUCUAUGCUCUGCUCUCACGGUGGAACAAGAUGCCGAGUCGUGCCUCAUACAGCUUUGUGUCUUUAGACGGAAGUGGCCAGGACCGUCCGAUGGACGUGAAUAAUCCCGAGGACCGGAAGGACAUUCUCCUGGCUGCUCAGUUGUCGCGUAUAUUCUGUCGGAUGUUGGAGGUGGAAGGCUUCCGGAAACUGGAACGCGAUUUCUACAACAUCAAGUGGAAGCGGAUCUCUCUGGAGGCGCACCUCCGAUUCCUCAACGAGCUGGGCCACAUCCUUCUAUCUCUUCGGUGGCGGGUUUCAUGGUGGCGGCGGCUUGGAGACGGUGGUGUAGAGCCUGACCCAAGCCAGCAACACUACGUGGACCGGGUCGAUCUCCUGUGCCGGAUCCUCUACGUGUACUACACAAGCGUCCUAGGGAAACUUCCUUCGUGGUCUUCGUCGGAUGUCCCGAAAGGCGUGUGGUCGACGUAUGCGGAUGCGGAGCAGCCGGUCUGGGACGAUUUCCCCUUGGAUGCCACGGAAGAGGGAUUCCAGAAGUGGAUGGACCGGGGACGAGACCUGAUCGAACAAGCCGGGGUUCCCCAUCUCGUGUCCAGCCGGAUUUCCAAGAUUUGA